CGCGCGCCGGUGCCGCCCCACGUGACCCGCGGCCGGGCGCGCGCGGGAGGCGCCGCUUUUGGGGGGGGGUCUCCCCGUGACCUGCCCCCAGCGCCCCCCAAAGCGCGGCUUCCCGCGGCGAGGGGCUCAGACAGGCAUGGAGGAGGUCGAUAAGAUCCUGCUGCACUCCCUGCGGCAGGCGGGGACGGAGAUCCCCCCCGAGCUGCAGAGCGUGGGGCAGUUAACCCCUGAGCUGCUGGUGGCCGCGGCCGUGGGCAUCCUGCGGCGCGUCCGCCCGGCGCUGGGGACCCCCCUCAGCCCGCUGCUGCCCCCCUCCAUCUCCGCCCGCUUCAGGCUGGCCUCUCAGCUGGCCUCGGCCUGUCAGGAGCUGGGCUUUGGGGGUGACAUCGGGUACCAGACGUUCCUGUACAGCUCGGAGCACGAGUGGCGCCGGCUGCUGCUGUUCCUGCUGGAGAAGCUGCCGCGGGACGAGGGCGACGCCGGCGACGAGCCCCCCGGUGCUGGGGGGAAGUCGGGGGCUCUGCUCAGAGCCGUCGCCGCUCGCAUCCGGGAGCAGCUGGAGACCCCCUGGGUGCCCCCCAACUGCCGCCCCCCCAGGCUCAGACGCCUGCAGGGCACGGGGUGUCUCCAUCCCUUCGUCACCUCCCCUUUGCUUCUGCCCCAAAGUGGGGGACCCCCAGAGCUCCAGGAGUAUUUUGGGAGUGCAGCCCCCCCAGUUCCAGCACAGCCCCCCCUUUUCUCCAGGACCCCCCCGUCUCUGCUGGAGGCUCACGGGCUCCAGCUCAGCUCGGAACUGGGGGGGCCCAGGUUGACCCCCGAGGACCCCCUGGGACGGCAGCGGCUCCGUGCUCGGCUCCAGGCCCUCGAGUCCCUGAGGACCUCCCUGGGACCCCCCCUGGGAACCCCCAAAUCCCUGGGACCCCCACAAGGGUCUUUGGACCCCGCUUGGCUCCAGGAAGCUUUUGGGGGGCUCAGGGGGGUCCUGCCCAAAGGGUCUCGAUUCACACGCAGCCAGCAGCUGACACACCAGCAGGACCCCCAGCUCCUCCUGCAGCAGAUCCAAGUGGUUGCUGAGCCCAUCUCCCCCUCCAAGACCCCCCAGGAGGCCCCAGCCCUGGAGGAGGCAGCUCUGGAGGAGGCUCUGGCUCAGGUUGAGGCUCAAAUCAGGGCGUGCCAGGAGGAGAUUAAAGGGUCCCAGCUCAGGCUGAUACAGAUGGAGGAGGAGGUGGAACGGGGCCAGGGGGCUCUGGGGGGGAGGGAGGAGGAGCUGAGGCUGAAGGCUCGAGCUGUGGAGCUGCUGCCUGAGGCUCAGACCAACGUGGCCAAGCUGCAGCUGCUGGUGGAGAGCAGCAGCCGCCGCAUCCUCAGCCUGGUGGGACAAUGGGAGCGGCACCGGGGGCCCCUCCUGAGCCAGCUCCGGCACCUCCGCGCCCUCCGCGACUCCAGACAGCUGGAGUCGUCCCGGUUGCUGUCGCAGCUCCGCUCCCUCCGCGAGCGCCGCCGCGCGGCCGCCGCCGAAGCCCAGCGCAAGGAGCAGCUCCACAGGCAGCUGGUGUCGGAGCUGGAGGCGCUGCCCCAGGACGUGUCCCGAGCCGUCUACACCCAGCGCAUCCUGGAGCUCGUGGGCAGCAUCCGCAAGCAGAAGGAGGAGAUUGACAAGAUCCUGCUGGACACCAGGGGGCUGCAGAAGGAGAUCAACUCGCUGGUGGGGAAGCUGGAGAGAACCUUCAGUGUCACUGAUGAGCUGCUCUUCAAGGAUGCCAAACGGGAUGAGGUGGUGAGAAAAGCCUACAAGUACCUGGCUGCCCUCCACGAGAACUGUGCCCAACUCAUCCAAACCAUCGAGGACACGGGAACGAUCCAGAGGGAGAUUCGGGACCUGGAGGAGCAGCUGGAGGCCGAGUGGAACUCGAAGCCCCGCGACGGGCUCGAGCGGAUCCUCAGCGACUGCCGGGCGCUGCGGGAGGAGAACCAGCAGCUCCUGGCACAGCUGCCCCCUCCCUGACACCCCCCCAAAAACGGGGGUCCCCCAAAGCCCCUGGACCCCCCCAAAACCCCCCCAGACCCCCCAUCCCCAAAUACCCCCCAGAACCCCCCCAAGGAUGCAAUAAAAGCCCCUUUCAAGGUUA